CCUGUUGUUUACUACUACGACCGGAACGAUAGUAAUGAGUUUCCUCGUCUUUUCUUAUUGUUUACUCUAAAUUUCGAAUGAACAUUUAUUAAUUAGUUAACUAUUUGAUUGAAUACAGACUUCUGACAUACCAGAAUAUCGUUAAUGGAGAAAAUGAAGAUAAAAAAAGAGUUAGAAACGAAAUAUUCGGACUUUACAAUCGAACGAAAUGGAGAAAAUUUUGAAGUUGAUUUAAAGAAUUUCAAGAAAGAAUUUAACACAGAUGUGAAGUGUUAUAAAACAAUUAAAUCGGAACCCUUAGAGAUAAACAUUAACGGAAAACAAAUUUCCACAAGCAACACAAACUUAUCCACUAUUUGGAGUCAUUCUGGUUAUAAAGUCGAAAGAGAUAUCAAGAAAGAAGUAAAAGAGAAUUAUGAUGUAAAACAUGGUAUAAAAUCAGAAUGUAAAGUUGUUUUGAAAAAAUUGAAGAUUGAAGUAAAGACUGAAGAUCAUAAAGAAAUUUUUCAUCUCCCAGAUGAUGAUGAACACGUAUUGUAUGUCAACAAUGAAUUCUUCACUCCAAACGAAAAUUUUAACACGAAUGAAAUGGACAUCCAAAUUGAAGAGGAAAAGCAAAUUCAGAAAUACGAUAUUCAGCAUAAUUCGAAGAAGGAACAGCAUUAUAACUAUAAUAUCAAAACAAAGAAAUGCGUUUAUUCGAGUAGAAAAUGCAAUAAAAUUCAUGAAAAGAUUAAAAGGAAAUAUUUCAGGAUUAUAUUUGCAUCUCAUUCUAAAGAAGAAUUUACGUGUGAUUUAUGUAAACAGACUUUCACAAAUAAGAGAAUAUUACAAACACAUCUGUUCUGUCAUAUUAGAAAAAAGCCAUUUCGCUGCACAAUAUGCAAUAAGAAGUUUUUGUGGCAAUUUCUUUUACGAAGACACACGAAAGAACACAAAACUGGAAAUGAAAACGAAAUGUCUCAUUGGAAUUUACGUUUGCAGCCAUCUGAAAAUCGAGUAAAUUCAUCUCCAAGAAAUAGUAAAAUUCAUACUUGCAAGAUAUGUGGAAAAGAAUUUAAGUGUGAAUUUAGAUUGUUACAUCAUGAAGCAACGCAUGGUGAAAAACGGCCUUUCAAAUGCGAUAUUUGUAAUAAGGGUUUUAAAUGGAAACACCAACUAAAAAGCCAUGACGUAACUCAUACUGAUGAACGUAACCAUACUUGUCACAUAUGUAACAAAAGUUUUAAACGCAGUUCUGGUUUAAAACAGCACAUUAAUAAUAUACACAGCGAUGAAUACAAAUAUUCUUGUGAUACGUGUAACAAAUAUUUUAAAACAAAACAGUAUUUGCGACAACAUAAACGUAUUCAUAAUAAAAAAUCUAAUAUCAAGCGGAAAAACGUGUAUUGCAACAUUUGUGGUAAGCGCGUUCCAUACGGUAAGGGCCGUUUAGAGAUACACAAGAGAAUACACAAAACUCAUGCCUGCAAAAUAUGUGGAAAAGAAUUUAAGUGGAAAUACGUGUUGUUACGUCAUGGAGCACGGCAUAGUGAAGAACGACCUUUUAAAUGCGACAUUUGUAAUAAGGGUUUUAAAUGGAAAUGCCAAGCAAAAAGCCAUUGCGAAACUCAUACUGACAAAGUUAACUAUACUUGUCACAUAUGUAAUAAAAGUUUUAAAUGCAGUUAUGUUUUAAAACAGCAUAUUGAAACACACAGCGAUGAGUACAAAUAUUCUUGCGAUAUAUGUAACAAACAUUUUAAAACAAAAAACUAUUUGUCGCAGCAUAAAUAUAUUCAUGGUAAAAAAUGUAAUAUCAAACGGGAAAACGUGUAUUGCAACAUUUGUGGUAAGCGCGUUCGAUAUGGUAAGGGUCGUUUAGAAAGACACAUGAGAACACACAGACCUUAUGCUUGCGAAAUAUGUGGAAAAGAAUUUAAUUGGAAAUGCAAUUUAUUACAUCAUGAAGCAAUGCAUAGUGAAGACAGUCCUUAUAAAUGCGAUAUUUGCAAUAAGAGUUUUAAAUGGAAAGAGAAUUUAAAAAUGCAUUACGAAACUCAUACUGAUGAACGUAACUAUGUUUGUCAGGUAUGUAACAAACGUUUUAAAACAAAAAAGCAUUUGGCAAGUCAUAAAGUAGUUCAUAAUGAUGAAUUUAACCAUACUUGUCAGGUAUGUAAUAAAAGUUUUAAACGCAGUUCUGAAUUAAAAGUGCAUAUUCGUACACACACCGAUGAAUACAAAUAUUCUUGUGAUAUGUGUAACAAAUAUUUUAAAAAAAAAAACCUUCUUUGCGACAGCAUAAAGCUAUUCAUACAAAAAAGUACGUUUGUGACAUAUGUAAAAAAGGUUACUCUAAUUCAACUGCUUUAGCCAGACAUCGUCUUAGUAAACACGAAAAUGUGUAUUUAUGCAAUAUUUGUAAGAAGUCAUUCAAGAAUAAAAACUCUUUAGAAGAACAUUCGAAAGUUCAUUUUCAAAAAUGUAAUAUUUGUAAUAAAGAAUUUAAAAGUAAACACAUCUUAAUUAAGCACCAGAAAAUUCAUAUAGACGUAAGUAGUAGUGGUUUGAG